UCAUCGUGCAGAGAUGGGCGACCCUAAAUUCCCUGAUCCAUCUUCUCUCUAGUCUCCACUCUCCAGCAACGCGAAGCAGCAGUCUAGAGUCCAGACUCCAGCCCCAAUUCGUCUCAACCUCAUCGAAGCCCCCGGUGCAAGUCCGUCCAGCCACCGCCGCCAUCCCAACUUCGAGCUUCUAGGGCACCGGCGCAACGUCCUUCCAGCCACCGCCGUUUGAGCUACGAAAAUCGAAGCCACCGUCGCCGGUCUCGCCUCCUGCCUCCGUCGCGCAGCCACUUCCCGCCGGCGCCAGCUCUGUUCCACACCACCGCGUCGGCCACUGUCUUCCCAGCCACUGUCCCCAGCCACUUCCACACCACCGCCAGCUCUGCCCUGUUCCAGCCUUCCAAGAUCCAGCUUCUAGCCCUAGCUAUCAUUGGAGCCAUUCACAGUUUCACAAACCACUUUGGCCAAGCUCUCUACUAAAGGCCAAGAAGCUCUUUCUCAAGCAGGCAACAUUGUUGAACAGACUGUUGUUUAAAUCAGAGUGGUGUUGGCAUUUGUUGGGGAGAAUAGAGCACUGCAAGCUAAGGUUACUCAUCUACACUGAGGAUUGCUCAGCAGCGGCUCCGGAAAGAGCACGAUUGUGUCCUUCAUAGAGAGAUUCUAUGACCCUUCAUGAGAUGAUUGGGCUCAACCAGUGAUUAUCUCAUUGAAGUCUAAUUUGAUAAAUAUUGUCAACACCCUCAAAUAACAGCUAGACUUAUAAGUCCGAGUGUGCGCGUUCAUUCUCGUUCACACUCCCAUCGUUGAAGAAGAAGAAGAAAGUUUGAAGGAGAUGGUUUCAGAGGGUCAUCCCUACAGUCCAAGGGACUUGCACCUUCCCGGUUACGUUCCCUGCUCCCUCUCUCAGUCAAACAUUCUCUCUGUCUUCGCAUUCUUCACCUUCCUCCUCGUUUCUCUCACUUGGAUCUUCUCAGGGCGGCUACCUAAGAAAACAAAAACUGAUAGACUGUUGAUGUGCUGGUGGGCAUUUACGGGCCUCACUCACCUGAUUGUUGAAGGUUACUUUGUUUUUGCACCAGAGUUCUACAAGGAUAAGACUGGCUUCUACCUAGCUGAAGUUUGGAAGGAAUAUAGCAAAGGGGAUUCAAGGUAUGCUGGAAGGGAUGCAGGAAUUGUUAGUGUUGAAGGACUAACAGCGGUUUUUGGUGGUCCAGCUUCCCUUCUAGCAGUGUAUGCAAUAGCUACUGGAAAGUCAUAUAGCCACAUACUUCAAUUUGCCAUCUCAUUGAGCCAGCUAUAUGGAGUUGGUGUAUAUUAUAUAACAGCACUCUUGGAAGGUGACAAUUUCGCUGCAAGCAAAUUGUACUAUUAUGCGUACUAUAUUGGAGCAAAUGCUUCUUGGAUUGUAAUACCCUUGAUCAUAGCCAUCCGCAGCUGGAAGUAUACUUGUGCAGCAUUUAAGGGACAAGACCAGACAAAAAAACAUAAAGUUCGUUGACCAGGCAUUUUCAAGUUGUUAGUUAACAAUGAUGUCAAUUAAUUGUGUCAAUCAAUUGGGGUGGAUGCAUGGUAGUUGAGUUAGGCAACAGGGUUUCAAGGAUUGGGUCAGUUAAUUUGUGUGAUCAAGUUAGGGGGAUAUGUCCCAAGAAUUGUGUCAAAUGAUUCUCUUAAACUACAUUUCUCGACAAUACAGGUCCGGAUUGUGAUGUGAGAAUUUGAUGCUUUUAGUUUUGAACUAUAUUUUUUCCCUUAUUAUUCACAUGAAAUUUAACGCUGGAAAAAAGCCCAUGCUAGAAGAUAUAAGCAUGGUGCUUCUGCUACCUGUAGCUAUAAUUGCUCCACCCAUUUCCUUUACUUUUGGAUAGAGAAAAUAUUUGUUAUCUUAUGCCA